ACACACACACACACACACACACACACACACACACACACACACACACACGCUUCACACAAGCUUGUAAACGGCUCCCUGCUACUUUUUAUUCAGCUUGUAAAACGAUGUUUCAGUCUCAGCUUUAAAACCUUCUGUAUCCGCUGCUGCACUCGGGCCGGUCUGGCAGCAGGACGGCGGGCCUACAACCACAUCACUGAGCACAAAAGAAUUACUUGAUUUAUGUCAUAUACCGGGUAAAUACAGUCUAACCAUGUGAUCCGCAAUGUAACCAAUGGGCAGCCGAGGAGAAGGUAUGGGCAGGAAAAAAAAUUACUACCAUUUUAGGGGAGGAUGUAAGCCACUAUACCAGCCCAUCUAACGUUUUACAGGCGCACUUAAGUGUCUUUUUAUUGAAAUAAUAAAAUAAACAUGUCGCUAACGAAUUAUUAUUCCAUGAUGGGGCUCCAGACCGAGGAGCCGUACGGUGCACAUUUCAUCCCGGGAGGCUUGCAGGGUUCGACGGCCGGCUGCGCAAAGCCAGCCCGGGGAGCGGAGGAGGAGGAGGGGACCCCCGGCUCACACAUUCCGGAUUUUUCACAUUUUUCCAACAAACAAACGAGCUUAAACGGCUUCUCUCCCUGGACAAACAACUCGACAUCCUCUUCAUCCUCUUCCCCGCAGCUGCAGUCCACCCCCGGCUCCUCCAUCCCCGGUCUUUUCCAUCCACAUCACCUCCUGAGCCAUCACCACCCGUACUACGGCCCGCAGACGCAGACCCACACCGAGCACCUCGCAUCCUCGGCCCCCUCCGACAGCAGAUUCGUCCGCUGCUGGGAGGGAGCGACUCCCACCUCGGACACCUCUCUGUCGCAUGUGUCGGCUGGUUUCCCCUCGUGUCUCCCCGCUCAGGGUGACCUCUCCAAUCCGAGCCCGAGGUUCGAGGCGGUGAAACCGGAGAAUUCCCCGCCGUCACACGUCGACAGCCCCGCGGAUUCCAGCUUCGCCAGCCCGGCCGAGGUGGUCCUCGAGCGGCUUGGGACCGUGGAGGAGCUGGGGAGGAAGCCGGAGCCCAAGAAGGAGGUCGAGGAGAGAAAAACACAGCCACAGCUUGACCCGGAAAACCCUUCAGCCAGUUGGAUCCACGCCAAGUCGACCAGGAAGAAAAGGUGUCCGUACACCAAACACCAGACGCUGGAGCUGGAGAAGGAGUUCCUCUACAACAUGUACCUGACCAGAGACCGGCGCCUGGAGGUGGCAGGACUCUUAAAUCUGACUGAGAGACAGGUCAAAAUCUGGUUCCAGAACAGACGGAUGAAGAUGAAGAAGCUGAUGACCCGGGACAGGAGGAGCAUGAAUGAAUGAUGGGUUUGGAGAAGAAGAGGCUGGGGUAGUUUUUUUCUUUUUCUUUUGUCUUUUUUUUUAAAAUCCAGGAUAGGUGUGGAGGAGGUGAUGCAGUGCUCCUCAUCAUCUGGCAUGAUCAGCUGUUACUAAGCAACGGAUUGUGGCUCUAACAUGGCCGCCUCGGAGCACUGCAGUGGUGUGACUCUGCAGGGGGAGACCAGGAUGUGUUGUAACGCUUCAAAAAAGAAAGAAAAAUAUGCUCCUAUCUUUUGGCCUUUUUCAUGAUAAAUCUUCUCGAACUCUCCCAUCUGCAUGUUACCAAAUGAAGACAGUGGACCAGGGGCGGCUGUAAAUAACGCUCAGAAUAAAACAUCAGAUCCAUAAAAUGAUAUCAGAAAAACACACUUGAUGAUAUCAAAGA